AUGGCGGUCCCAGGUUUGUUGACAUGGAAAGGACUGCUGUAUCUUUUGGGAAUUGUUUGCGUUUAUGGAUUCAAUGUGGAUGUGCAAAUGCCGUUUAUUAAACAGGGACCCCAAAAUAGCUAUUUCGGAUUUUCAAUUGCCCAGCACAAGAUCAAUACUUCAGGACAACAUCUUUUGUUAGUUGGAGCCCCAAAAUAUGUCAGCGGGGGAACAUAUGCCCCAGGGGGCGUGUAUAAAUGUGAAAUCAACGACAGCCCCAACUGCAUCAUCAUCAACGAUAUAGAAUCUGUAUUCGUUGAGAAUGAUCCAGAAAUGACCAAUGACCAGUGGAUGGGAGGCACAGUGAGAAGUUCUGGUAGUGGAAUAGCCCUGGCCUGUGCUUAUCGAUACAAAGAGAAUUACAAUCCAUUGGGAAGGUGUGCUUCUUUAUCAAACAAACUAGAGCCAGAUCGAGAAAUACGCCAAUGUGAGGACGACGGACUGGAGAAUGAGGGGACGUCAUAUUGUCAGUCCGGGGCUGCCGCCAGUGUUAUGAGUGAUGAGGAAAUAGUUCUGGGAGCUCCUGGGUCUGUGGAUUGGACAGGUCAGCUUUCUCGUAUUUACAUUACGGGGAGUAUUUUUGACACCUCGAGAGACAAGGCCUGGAGUCGCAGCUAUGUGUACCAUGUGACAGACAGACCCCCGGCAACUGAUAAACACUCAUAUAUGGGUUAUUCUGUAGUAUCGGGUCAAUUCCGGGGAUACACUGGCCGAGUUUACAUCGGAGGUGCCCCAAGGUCCAACUCCACUGGUCAAGUGGUCAUCUACAGGAAAAGCAACAGUAAUCUAGUGUACUACAAACAAAGCAUCAUUAGCGGUACCAUGGCAUUCUCUGCGUUUGGAAGCGAUCUGGCGGCGGUGGAUUUUGACAAUGAUGGCUUUGAUGACUUGAUUGUCGGAUGUCCACUGUAUACAAAAACAGAUGUCUCAACAAAUAUGUUUGCUGGAGGAGCAAUCUAUGUUUACAACAGUAAAGCACAGUUGAAUGCAGCCAGUAAGCCUCUAUUGAUCACCUUGGACAUGUCAGAGAGCGACUGUGAGAAGAUGAACUGUCUGGAGGCCAGAUUUGGACAGUCCCUCUCUGGGGCCAGGGACCUUAAUCUGGAUGGAUUCCCCGAUCUGGCAGUGGGGGCGCCAUAUGACAACUCUGGACUUGGUGCUGUAUAUAUAUACCAUGGAUCUGCUAAUGGCAUCAUACCUAAAUAUGUGCAGAAAAUCACUGCUGCAGAGUUUGACCCUGACAUGCGGGCGUUUGGUUACUCCUUGUCCGGAGGUCUGGAUUUGGAUCAAAAUGGAUAUCCGGAUGUCUCGGUAGGAUCAUACGAGUCAAACAAAGUGAUACUGUUACGUACCAGACCCAUAGUGCAUCUCACCCCCAAUAUCACCUUCUCGCCCCGGAAGUUUAACCUCAGCAGACCAGCAGGCUGUCCAUAUGACAAUCCAGCCUUGGUGACCAAACCCAGAUACUGCUUGGAGCUGAAGAUCUGUUUGACAUUCACUGCUAAACCUGUCCAGAGUUUCUCCACCACUCAGAAAAUCCAAGUAGAGGUAGUCGCGGAGAAAGACAGCGUGGAGAAGCGGAUCUGGUUUAAGGAUGCUCCACAGCCUACCAAAGCGUCUUACAUUCAGGAACUGCAGUUCCAGAACCUAGAGGGCUGCAAGAAACAGGUUAUAUAUCUGGAUGACGAUAUUAAGGAUAAACUGACGCCAAUACAGAUCGACAUUGGCUACAGUCUGCCAGCCGUGCCAUUUAGACGUCGUCGUCAGGUCAUGUCAGACAUCAACAAAUUCCCAAUACUUAUGAUUGUCAACCAGACGGCAGAAACAUCUGUCACUUCCUUCAAAGAAAAGAUUGAUUUUGUGAAGAAAUGUGGUAUAGAUGAUAUCUGUCAGAGUAAUAUUCAAUUACAGAUGUCUCUGGUUCCUCUAGAGAGAAAAGGCAAUAAGUAUGUGUUGAGUAUCGGUGAGAAUGACCUCUUCAAAGUCAACAUAAUUCUAACCAACAAAGGUGAACCGGCGUAUGAACCCAGCUUUUACCUGGUGGUACCCAAAGACAUGCAAUAUGCAGGCAGCAUACCCAUUUAUCCGCCUGGACUCUCUCCUCCAGCUUGCAUCAACAUCAACAAAACAACCAUAUUUUGUGAGCACACCAAUCCAUUUGGUAAUAGCGUCAAGUCUGAUGUUCGCACCGAGUUUAGUAUCGAGCUGGACGCCACAAACUUGCCUCUCAACUUAACAGAUUUUACAAUCAGAGGUCUCUUAAACACGACAAGCGUGGAACAGUCACCAGGUAACGACGAGGUCACUCUACCUGUGCGAAUGGUUACCAAAACGAACGUAAGAGUGUUUGGAGAAGCAGAGCCAGCCAAUGACAUAGUAUUCAGAGGCCCCAUACGGGGAUCCAGUGUAGUAAAGAGUGAGGACGCUAUAGGGCCUGCCAUCAACCACACAUUUACCGUAUACAAUGAAGGGGUUGGAGCCCUAGGUGCGGCUAAUCUGGAGAUUUUCUGGCCGAUUGAGAAGAACCCUGGGGUGUAUGAAGACGGGAAAUAUCUCCUGUAUCUCAUGCAGGUCGAAUCUAUGGAUAAGUCGAAGGCCCAGUGCAUCCACGACCCCCAAUAUUACAAUAUUCUGCGGGUCACAGAGAACGCUGAUCUUAUCAUUCGACCUCCAGUCAAGACCUCGGUAGUUGUCAGCAAUGGAGAGGGGCCCACAUAUAACACUCCCAAGACUCGCAGGAGACGGGAGGUGGACCAAACUCAGAGUUCCACCACACCGAAGCCCGACCGAGAAUCCCGCUCUGGAAGAAACAUCAUUAAACUGAGCUGUAAAGACAAGUCUGCCAAGUGUAUAAAAAUCAACUGUAAGAUAUUCAGGCUGGACAAAGGAGAAUCAGCUAAAAUUGUAGUUCGGUCUCGUUUGUGGGAGUCUACUCUGUUUCAGGAUUACCCCAGUUCCGAAGUACAGAUUUCUUCCUUAGCCAAAGUAAUUGUGUCUCCAGACCUGAAUAUUUUCCAGGACCCCAGCGAUGACGAAGGCACAGCCACUACUUAUGCCGUCCCAGAGGUCAAGCCAUCAGUGAAGCAGGAACUACAAUGGUGGAUCAUAGUGGUGGCCAUCGCAGGGGGCAUCGUCCUACUGAUCGUUCUCAUCCUGAUAUUCUGGAAGUGUGGAUUCUUCAAGCGAGUGAAACCAAAAGACUACGAACCAACAUUUCAAGGAGAGAUUAAGAAAUCUAAAGACUAUGACAACGUAGAUUACACGUAGGAUACGACCCCAUAGCUAGGAAUAAAUUAUAGAAUAGCUUCCUUGACAGCCAAAUCUCCCACAGACCAGAGAGAAGGAAGGUAGAUGAACUCGGCCAGUCCGUCCUGGAGUCAGCCUGUCUAUAAAUAUGGACUCCUGUCCAGACUGUAUGCAAUAUGUUGUAAAAUGGCUUCCACAGGCUUUGAUUUGCCUCCAAAAUGAAAUUAGUUUGGCCUGUUCUGAUGAUACUUUGUGGCUAUAUUUUUUUUAUAUAAGUAAAGUGGCGUAAUUUUACGUUCGUCAAGUUUCCAAUGAAAAGAUAUUUUUUCUGAUUUUUUUUGGAAUGGUUUUCAUUUGAAUUGUUGAAAAGAGUUGGGUGGGUUUGGGUUUUGCUAUUAUACUUGGAUUAAUAUAUACUGUGUUUAAGUAGCCUGUGUAAUUGGAGUUCAUAUGUUGUAAUGCAUUACUAGGCUACUGCUGUUUAGCUCUGCACAAUAUACGGUGAACGACAAACAGUAUGCAACCAGAUCACUUUAGUUUCUGUAUGAAAUAGUUCUUUUAUUUUACCUUGGUUGUGAUUUUUUUCAUUUGCUUUUAAUAUUUUAUCACUACUCCAAUUGAUCAAGCUGUUAAUUGCAUACAUAAUUCGUUUUCACACAUAUAACAGCUACACCAAUACACUCGACUAUGCAGUAACAAGGCGUAGACUAUAUUUAUAGAUAUAUGUAGAAUUAUACAACAUAUUUUUGAGUGUGUAGUAGAUUUCACAUUUGUAACCAAAUAUCUCAUAUUCAUGAUAUAUGUUUGACGUGUUUUAAGAAUUUCAUCCAAUUGUUAAAAUUAUUUUAAUGCAUUCCAUUACCAUAUAAUCAAAGUAAAGAAAGUAUCGUACUGUGAUUAAAUGUUUUUGAUAAGAACACUUGUUAAGCAUGUUACAAAAUAUCAUUUUUAUGAUAUUUUUUUUCAUACAACAUUUACUGUUAAAUUUCUUGCAUUAGUAUGUUCUGAUAGACAGAGAAUAGUUUACUACCAUUACAGGAUUCAUAUAUAAUAUGUACAAUGUAUGCCAGACAUUGUUAUCUGUUGGUCAUUUAACAUUUUUAGAAUGUCAAGUAGCAAAUGGUUUACUGAAAGUUUAGAUUCAAGUCACUUUUAUUGAAAAUAUUGUGUUCAUAUUGAUAUUAUAUAUAUAUAUACGUGUACUUACAAAUGUAGAACUAUGUCUUCACUAUGAUCUUCAAAAUGUCGUAGGUUAUAGGACUGUCCCGAUAACAAGUCGCACAGUUUUGUAUACUUAUAAAUCACUCUGUUUCAUCUUGCUGUUUAUUGUCCGAGAAGUGUGGCUAGAAAGGGUCGCAAGUCCACACAUAGACUGAAAGGGAAACAUUCGUUCACAUUGGUUUAAAUGUAAAUUUAUUUUAAUGGUAAAUUGAAAUUAAAAGGAAAAUUUUGUUACUGUGAAAGUUGGUUUCUUAGAUCGGACUGAAAAGGAAAGCUUCAGUCAGUGUUUAAGCAUUUUGGACCAUUUUUUAAAGUUAAACUUCACCUAUAAAUUUUUAUGUUCAAUUGAUGUAAACAGUCAUCUAAAAAUAAUUAUUUUGAACAAGGAUUUCUACUUUCACUUUAAAAAAAAAAAGUGAUUUCUUUAAUUGGAUGUGUAAUUUUGGUUGUUCUAUUUACAAUAUAAAUAUUCUUGUGAGUGGUACAUUGGAUAUUUCAAUUGAAAUGAAACAUUUUGCUGGGUAUUGGAUGCAACUCAAAACCUUGUUCUGUAUAAUUAACAACUUUUUGUCUAUUUCAUCCUCCACUAGAUUUAAUUAUUAACCUAUCAAUUAAAUGAUAUGCAGAUCUGAUCUUUUAUACUAGUGACAUCAGGAAACAAAUAUAAAUUCUCUUAUGGAAAAAAUGAUAAUUCCCAAGUAAAAUUGUCCUCAGGGUUCUGCGAAGUUUAUAAGUUUUGAAUAAAUGUUUAGUUGUGUGACGUUUUUGGUGCCUGUGAUAUAAAAGCCCAGUCUGUAGGCUGAUUUAGUGUCUUACGAGACCCAGAUAGGGGUGCACUAGUGUCUUAUUAGCACAAAGAACUACAGCAUUACAGAUGUCCGAUACACCGUCAGUUGUUUAUCAGUUGUCAAUAGUUCUCUCUGUUUAACAGAGUCUUGGCAGUUUUAAGGAGCCUUUGAGCUAGCUCAAAUUUUGUUUGGUUACUCAUCAAAACUGCCAAUGUGUUGCUAGUAACAAUAGAAAAUGUUAUGUGUUUUUAAAAUGAAUUUUUCUUAGGCUUGCUUUACAAACUGGACAUGAAUUUAUUUUGUGAGGUCUCGCUUCAAUGAAUUACAUUUCUGAUGGUGUAUUUAUUUGAAAUUAUUGUAACAUGUGCAAGAUCUUUUUGUAUGGAUUGCAUUUAUGAUUGGCUACCAAGAAGUAUUUACUGUUUUUGCUUAGUAUUUUUCAACUGUUCAUACCUAAAAUAAGUUCAAUCCGAUUAACCUUAUCUGCAAUGCCAUGUAUUUACAUAUAGAUUAUUAAUAGAAAAAAGAACAUACCUGGAACUGACAUGAAAAUGAGAAAAUGCGCAUGUAUUUGUAACAAGGAAAUUGUGAACUUAGAAUACAUUGUAUCAAUGAUUGUAAUUAAUUGAUUAAUUGAGAUGGAUUGCUGAGUCUUGAUUGAUAUAUAAUGAUGUGAUAAUCAUGAUGUAACGUUCUUUGUACUUUUAUGCACGAAUCAUGUUUGUAUAAUUGUACAUCUUGUAUUAUAGAUAUAUAAUGCUUUUGUAUGCUUCUCAUGAAAUGGUGCUGAGUUUGUUUAUAGUGCAGACAAUCAUAAUGCUUAAAUAAUGACGAAUAUUUCAGAAAUUAUUUUGUUUACAUUUACAAAAUAAUGAAAUCAGGUCAUCUGAUUAAGUAUGAACAAAUUCAUGGCCCAUUACAUGAUUGCUGCUUUUGAGAUAGAAUUCUCCACAUAGCAUUAGAAAAUGUGUCGGUUCACGCCCCCUCCCUUUGUACCCUGCUCAAUCACACACAAAAAAAUUUCCGAAAUUAUUUGUAUAUACAUUUGUUUAAUUUACCCAUUUAUUACUUCUUUCUUCUGUACUAUUUAAAAUUCAUCUCUCUUGCUCAAGCACAUUUUAUUUGUCAAGUGUUCUUCCAUGUAGGUGUACAUCUGUAGCUUUUUGUACUACAGUAUACAGUAAAUUUACCUGAAUGUGAAAAUACAGUCAAACCUCAUUAUCCCGAACCCAAUGAUGCCGAGAAAAAAAUCAAGAUAUCUGAUAGUUUUGAGAUAUUGUGGGUCAAAUACGUGAAGAAAACGCAGUUAGGACUUCCGAAUCACUUCAACAUAUUCAUGGUAUUCGAGAUGUCGAUGUUCGAGAUACUGAAGUUUAACUGUACUCAUUGUAUAAUGAUAUUUUACUUACUCAUCUUAAGUUCUCUCUUGUUUACUGUGUGAAAUUGAUCUCUCAUGCUCAAAAAAUUAUUUGUGAUCUUGUGUUUGUGAUCCGUGUAGUUGUGUGCUACCAGUAAAUUUUCUAAAUACUACCCUGCUUCCUACUGCGCCAUUCCUUGUGACCGACCACAUUAAAUAGCUUUAACGGUGUGCCUGUUGGUUGUGUGGUGAGAGAGUUUGGUUGUUGAUAUGGAAUGAUUUACUCUUGAUUAAAUUACUACAAAUUGAUUAUAAUUUACAUGAUGUAUGUCUUGUACGGGAGGGAAUUAUUAGAUUGAGAGAGGUGUGCUUUGUUUAGAUGUGGGUGUGACUGGUUGCUUAAUGCGGCUCUGUUUUAUUUAUAGCUUUGCUUUGUUUGCUUUUUAAUAUCUACAUUUACAUACUGUAUUCACAUGGGUCUCCUUAACUCUUAAGGAGGUUGUGCACUUGUGUUGUAUACUACUUAAGGAGGAAUAAUCACACCAGAGAAAUUUGAUAUGGAUAAAAAGUGGAGGAUAUGUUCAAUGACAUUUUGAAAUUGGAAACUUUUAGUGCAAAAAAUAAAUGAAAUUUUAGUAGAGAGUAAUAUGGAAAAAAAAUUAAAAACCCCAGCUGGACUCGAACCAGUGAUUUACAGAUCAGCACUUGACACCCUAACUGAGAUAACUACCUAGCUAGGCAAUUAAAUUUAAAAGGAAUAUACAAAUAUGGCUGAUAUUUAUAUUUUUGUUUAUGGUUUAAAAGGAAUUCAGCCAUUAUUACGAUGUAGUAUACCUCCUUAAUCUUAAGUACAAAUUUUCAGAUAAAGUCAACGAUUUGUUGCAAACACAACCAUAAACUAGUGGUUUUGGUUAGUGGUGGGGGGGGGGGAAUGAAUAUAUUUGCCACUAAUUUGAUUUCACUAAACCAUUUAGUUGUUCGUACCACUUGAUCUCAAUUAAAACUUAGUCUAUUAACCUUACACAGCAGUGACUAACACAGAUAAGACACAGAUAAUAAUUAUAUUAUAAUGCUUCUUGCUUAAUAGUCCUAUCAAAAAUAGAUUCCAACCCUGAAUACAACCAAUCACGUGAUGUACAACAAGUAGUACACUGUAGUGCUGAAAGUAAGCCAGAUAUGAUAUUAAUCAUUAAGUUACAAACCAUAUUGUUUCUUAUUAUUAUUUCACUAUUAUAUUUGUUUCAUUUUUAGAUAUACCAUCAUAGUAUAUAAAAGCACAUUUGAUCGUGACAUCAUUUCAGGAAAAAAAUAUUGCUCUAAAAUAGUAACAUAAAUUUAGAAUAUUUAUGAAAAGUGCAGAUGAAAUUAAUCGGAGUCUAUUAAAAAUUGAUCAAUUUAAGAAAGAAACAAAUCGUGUAAUACUCCAAACAGCUGAUACUGUACUUUUACUGAUCCUGUCUAUUGGUCACAUCAUGGUGUGUUGGGGGUUGUUGAAUACAGUUCUCGGAAUCAGCAGGUUGUAUAUUCUGUGUUAAGCAGUGUUAUCUUGUUUUGAACAGAUGUACAGAGUGAAGGUUUAUAUUAUAUGGAGUCAACAAAGAAAUGAUGUGUAUGUUAAGGUUCCAGAAGUGACCAUUCCUGUAUAAACAAUGAAAGGUUGUAUUGUCUUAAUAAAUUAUGCAUUUUACAUCAA